AUGUCUGUCUUCAAUAGCUCUGUCUUGUACCCUCGCUUCCUCCUGACAGGCUUCUCAGGCCUUGAAAGCAGAUAUAGCUUGAUUUCCAUCCCCAUCUUUUUGGUUUAUGCCACCUCAAUAUCAGGAAACAUUACCAUUCUGUUUAUCAUCAGAACUGAGCCUUCCCUCCACCAACCAAUGUACUACUUUCUAUCAAUGCUGGCACUUACUGACCUGGGCCUAUCCACAACUACCUUACCUACAAUGUUCAGCAUCUUCUGGUUCCAUGCCCGGGAGAUCUCCUUUAAUGCUUGCCUGAUCCAGAUGUACUUCAUUCAUGUUUUCUCAAUUAUUGAGUCAGCUGUGCUGUUGGCUAUGGCCUUUGACCGCUUGGUAGCAAUCCGAGAGCCCCUGCGCUAUGUGGCCAUUCUAACCAAUGGUGUAAUCAUUGGAAUUGGGUUGGCAAUUGCUGGAAGGGCCUUGGCUCUGGUCUUUCCAGCUUCCUUCCUCCUAAAGAGGCUUCAAUAUCAUCCUGUCAAUAUUCUCUCCUACCCAUUCUGCCUACACCAGGACCUCAUAAAAACAACUGUAUCCAGCCGUCAAGUGAGCAGCAUCUAUGGCCUCAUGGUGGUCAUUUGCUCCAUGGGACUUGAUUCAGUGCUUCUUCUCCUCUCCUAUCUCCUCAUCCUUGGCACAGUAUUGAGUAUAGCCUCCAAGACAGAGAGGGUGAAAGCCCUCAACACCUGCAUCUCCCACAUCUGUGCCGUACUCACUUUCUAUAUACCAAUGAUUGGGCUCUCUAUGAUCCGUCGCUAUGGGCAGAAUGCUUCCCCAAUUGUCCAUGUGCUCAUGGCCAAUGUUUACUUGCUGGUCCCACCCCUAAUGAACCCCAUUGUCUACAGUGUCAAGACCAAGCAAAUUCGUGAUAGAAUCCUCCGGAAAUUCAAGAAACAGAAAGUUUAA